UGCCCGCUGUCAAUCCCGAGAGCUGCCGCCUGAUGUCAGCAGAGAGCAGCGCUCCGGAGAGUCAAUGUCAAAGGCAGCCCGCCGCCGCAGCCGCUCACUGAGCCGCAAGGGACAGGAGAAGCGCGCUGCUUGCGCCGGAUCAUUGAGCCGAGCCUGCGGUAGCUGCCGGCUCAUCUGUUUCAUGAGGCUGUGGCCAUGGAGGGCGAGUCGGGCCCCGGGAAAGAAGGCGCCCAGCCCAGGGCUUCUGCCGGCGAAGUUUUGCUCUCCGGGGUCUUCUGCCUCGCCCCGGCGCUGAAGAGCCACUAUGCGCUGAGCCUCACGCGCGGCGCGGAGCUGCUGAUGCGCCGGCAGGACUCUGCGCCAGCCGGCAGCCCGCUCUCGACGGCGCUGAGCCUCUCCGACUGCAUCGGCUGCUACGUCUGCCAGGGCAAGGGCGCUCCGCAGCCGGCGGCCGCCUACUUCACCGUCUUCUGCUACCCCUCCUCCAGGAAGAGCUGGUGGGACUCGGGCGAAUCCAGGCAGCGAGUGGCCAAGACUUUCUGCGUGCUGGUGUCGCAGGAAGCCCAGGAGAACCGAGCCAUCGCCGAGACCUGGGCCACGAAGAUCAGGGAGCUCUCCGCUCCCAGGAGCCCCGAACUGGAAGGAGGAAUCCAUGGACUGCUUCCUCGUCCCUGUCAUGUGAUGGUGCUGUUGAAUCCACAGAGUGGCUCAGGCCGGGCACUGCAUCUGUUCACGUCCCAAGUGCAGCCCAUGUUGACAGAAGCAAACAUAACAUUCAGUAUGUUUGUGACAGAGAAACACAACCAUGCUUGGGAAUUGAUGAAGGAGGAGGACAUCUCCCGGUGCAAUGCCUUGGUCGCUAUGGCUGGGGAUGGCUUGCUGUACGAGAUGAUCAAUGGGCUGAUGGAGCGCCCUGACUGGGAGUCGGCUAUCCAGAAGCCUCUUUGCAUCCUCCCAGGGGGCUCUGGGAAUGCCCUGGCUGCCUCUCUCAAUCACUAUGCUAGCAAGGGCCCAGUUGUCAAGGAUGAGCUGCUGAUGAACUGUACGUACUUCCUCUGCAAAGGCCUACAUUCGCCAAUGGAUCUUGUGUCUCUGUGCACAGCCUCAGGAAAGCGCCUCUUUUCCUUCCUUAGCUUCAGCUGGGGUUUUGUCUCUGAUGUGGACAUUGUCAGUGAGAGAUACCGCAAACUGGGCAGUGCUCGUUUUACUUUAGGCACAUUCCAGCUCCUGACCACCCUCCAAGUCUACAAGGGUCGCCUCUCCUACCUGCCAGCAGAGGAGCCAAGCCACACCUCAGGCCCCUUGCCCUCUGCAGAGGAGCAGAGCUCCCCGCCAGCACAGCAUGCCUAUCAAGACUGUUUUAGCAAUGAGAACUCUGUCCAUAUCCUCCCUCAGUCUGUGCUGCCAUCCUCAAGGGAGGGCUCUGUGCUGAAGGACUCCUUGUUGGUACCUUUUGACCAGCCAGUUCCCAAACACUGGAUCGUAGCACCGGAAGAGGAGUUUAUCUCUAUCGUUGGCAUCCAUCAGUCCCACUUGGGGGCGGACCUCCUCCUGGCCCCCACAGCCAAACUGUAUGAUGAUGCUAUCCAUCUCUUCUGUGUGAGUGCCGGGGUCUCCAGAAUGGCAAUGAUCAGGUUCUUUAUGGCCAUGGAGAAAGGAACUCACCUGGCUCUCAAUAACCCAUAUCUCCGUUAUGUGCCUGUGAAAGCCUUCCGGCUUGAGCCCCUUGAGCCCAAGGGGUUCAUGACUGUGGAUGGUGAAGUGCUGACCUGCGAGCCAGUGCAAGGUCAGAUUCACAGACAACUUGCCCACAUAAUCAGUGGCUCCUGAGGGUGCAGAAGGCCUUUGGGGAAGAAGCAACUAGGAUGUAGCAAAGGGCUCAGUAGCAUUGGAGUGCUGCACCUAUCAAGACAUCUCUCCCUCUGCUAACGAUAAUUCUCAGGGGGAACUUGGCCUUCAAGGAACUCUUUAAUUACAACAUGAAUAAUGGACUAGUCUUGCUGUUGUGUUGCAGAAGAGGCAGCUUUAUCCUCCUCUUCCCAUCCAUAUCCAUGGGGCGGGGGAGAGAUCUCCCAUUUAAACCAAAGCCAGCUCAAGGCUUCUCAACUUUCUUCUCAAGAUCACAGCCUGCAUGCAAGGCAGCUGAAGCAAAGGACACAGCUUUGUCUUAAACCAGCAGGUCUCUAGAUGGGAAUGAGUCACACUCAAUGCCACGUUUAGGACUAAUUUAAAUCCUCUUGUUUUAUAAAGAAUUUUUUAAAGCCACCCAGAGUUAUAUGUAGUAACAGAUUAUAUUCUUACAAAGAAAUAAAGAUCUACAUUUAAAAAUAAUAAUAAUGAAAAGCUAUGAGUGGAAACUUAAAGUUUCAGUUGAAAGAGGUACCAGUAGCCUAACAUGCAGUUAAAGGGUACUACUUUGGAUAGAACUACCCUCCCCCACUAUUUGGAAGUAUACCAUUCUCAGCAAGAGAUAGAACCUUCUAAUUUUCUGUAGCAAGGGAAGGGAAACUGAAAUGCUAAUUGUCUAAUAUAGGUAUUGCAGGAAAGCAGAAGGCUCUAUCCUCAUUAUCAAGUUGAGGUGUGAAUUUGCUUUACAUUGCAAGCUGGUGCCUAUGUACAGUUAGGUUCCUUGGGUACAUUCAAGAUUAGCUCCGUGUGUACAGUAUGUAUACCAUCUGGUAAACACAGCAAGAUUGUAAUCAGGAGGAGAGCAGAAUGAUAUGUGGCCACUUUUCACAUUUACACAUAACAUGAUACUAGCCCAAGGUGGCCAUGUGCUAACAAGCAGCUGCUUAUUAGCUGCAUGAAGGUCUCGUUUUAGUCAGCUGUUCUCUGGAAUAAAGUGGAACCAAGAUUGCUGUAUUCCAGUCACAUGUAGCUUUCUAGGUUUAUUUGGGAAAACAAAGGCCUCAACCCUACAUCUGCUUUUAGCUGUCUCAGCCCACCCCACCACUAAAGACCAUAGGGUUUAAUUUUAGUGCUACAGGUGCACCAUGUUUGAACCUCAAGUGCUUGUCAAGAAAGAAUCCAGAGUUCUCCUGCCACAGUAGUAUGGCUGUAGAUGAUGAGGAAGGAGAAAUGAAACUUGAGGUUUAUGGAGCUACGUAAGAUGACAGAUGGGUAAAGCACUCCCAGUUUCAUUAGCCACAGGAAGCAGCUUGUGGCCUAAGCAACAGACAUUUGAUCUAUAUCACCUUUGUUGAAAAUACCUAGGAAUCCCAGGUGAUUCUUAUGCUAGAACAUUCAGGUUCUACAUGUAGCAUACAAACAAGUCAAGCCUUGGGUGCAUAAAGCAUGAUGUGCAGUCUAGAUGUGUACACCACUAGCUGCAAGAGUUUCCUCUCAGUAGGAAGAUCACAGGACAUGCAGGUGACACUGGAAGGAUACCAUACAAUUCGAUUUAUACAAAGCCAAAAGUCUUCUUCCACUCCUCUCCACAUCCAGCCCAUCAACAGGGCAAUGGAUUUCAGCUAUUACUGGAGUUGUGCUGGUUCAAAACAAAGUCUACUAGAAACACUUUAGCUCAUGUUCGCAUGAGAAAACAGCAACAUGGUUCACACAUUGGUGAGUUGCAAGUAAAUUAAUUGGUUAAAUUAGUUGGAAAGAAGGUCUGGUUCUUUAAAAAAAAAAGGGUGGGGAGUAGCAAGUCUGAUUCUGACCCAUACUACUUCCAAGAGCCAGUGUGGUGUAGUGGUUAGAGUGCUGGACUAGGACCAGGGAGACCCGAGUUCAAAUCCCCAUUCAGCUAUGAUACUAGCUGGGUGACUCUGGGCCAGUCACUUCUCUCUCAGCCUAACCUACUUCACAGGGUUGUUGUGAGGAGAAACUCAAGUAUGUAGUACACCGCUCUGGGCUCCUUGGAGGAGGAGCG